AUGGAUUCCGAUCUCAAGGUUAUUGCAGAUUCGUUUGUUUGUGCGUGCUCAGCUUGCAGCAUUGCAGAGGAUGGGCUUGGGUUCGUCGGGCGUCGGGUUGAUUUGGGGAGAGCAGAUGAAGAUGAAGAAGAAUGUGAAUCCCAAGAAGGUGAUGAUCAAAGUGAGAGAGUAGAAGAUAUUCAACAUGAUGGCGAUUGGGUGUUCGAAGUUAUUGAUGAGGAAAACAAUAAUGUUAAUGUUGUUUCAUCUUUCUUAGCUCUUCACGAAGCAAUGGAAGGUGAACAAGGGAAAUAUGUCUCUGUGGAUGGGGAAAGUUGUGAUAUGUCAAAUAACCCAGAUCUUGAGGACCCAAUAGAGUUUUCCCCUAUUCAGUAUCACUCGGCACCAUCAUUGCAGUUUGAAAAUGUAGAAAACAUUGGUAAUGCCGUUUCAAGUGACUGGACGCCAUGGGGGAACACUAAUAUUGGAAACUCGGGUGGAGAGUUUAUCGUUGGCCAAGUUUUUAAUUCAAAAGCAGAUUUACAACAUGCUGCGAAGUUGUACUCUAUUAGUGCACAUCAAGAGUACGUUGUUGUUGAGUCAACUACAAAGUUUUUAGUCUUAAGAUGCAAGAAGGCUAAGCAAUCUCAAUGUCCAUGGAAACACCAUGCUAUGGUUGUAAAAGGUACAACUUCAUUUGCAAUCAAUAAAUACAAUGGUCUGCACAAAUGUGUAAAUCCUUGCUUGAAUCGGGACCAUCAACAAUUAGAUUCCAACUUGAUUGCUGCUCAUAUCCAAGGAAUGAUUAAGGCACAAUUCACAUUGUUAGUGGCUGCUAUUCAAGCAAAGCUGCCACAUUUUUUCAUUGCCUUAGAGCAGGCAAAUCCAGGAUGUGUUGUUAUUUCAAAAACAUUUCCUGGUAUUAUGGAGAAUACAGAGAUAUUUCAGCGAGUUUUUUGGACAUUUCAUCCAUCUAUUGAAGGAUUCAAGCAUUGUCGGCCUGUACUCAGUAUUGAUGGUACACAUUUGUAUGGCAAGUAUAAAGGCACUUUUAUGAUUGUUAUGGGCUGUGAUGGAAAUAAUCAGUUAUUCCCAUUGGCUUUUGCCCUAAUAGAGGGUGAGAAUAUUGAUAGUUGGGGCUGGUUUUUGACAUGUAUUAGAACCAUAGUAACUCAUAGGAGGGGACUUUGUGUUAUAUCAGAUCGACAUCCAGGCAUUAUGGCUGCAAUGAGCGAUGUUCAUCUUGGUUGGUCUGAGCCAUACACAUAUCAUAGGGUUUGUAUGCGUCAUCUUGCCAGUAAUUUUAUGACUCGAUUCAAGGAUAAAAUUUUGAAAAAUCUGAUGUGCAGAGUAGCCUUAGCAACCAAGAUUGAAAAAUUCAAUAAACAUAUGAACACAAUUGGGAGGAUUAAUGCAGCCGCACAACAAUGGUUGGAAGCAAUCCCUUUUGAGAAAUGGGCGCUCUCUCAUGAUGGAGGUCGAAGGUAUGACAUCAUGACUACAAACAUGUCGGAGGUGUUCAAUAGUGUGCUUAAAGGGGCUCGUAGCUCACCAGUGGGUUCUCAACAGUUUGAAGUAAGGAAGUGGCUCUUAGUGGGUUAUUGGCAGUCCGAAGUGAGCGGCAGAGGUAGUGGUUAUAUAGUAGCUCUAUUGAGCCAUUUAUAA